CUUUGACUGAGCUUUAUUUAUUCAUCUAGUCUUCGAAAGUUCCAAACACAUGAUCCUGAAUCAAACUCAACGGACCUCGCCGAAGAAGAAAGUAGUCGUUUGAUCAAAUAUUAUUGAAGGAAAUGAUGCACUGAUAAAAAUGGCAUACGAACCUCGAGAGUAUGGAGGUGGACGGGAUCGAGAAAGGGAAGGAAGAGGAAGAGGAAGAAGAGAUGAUGGAGGACAGGAAGAGGGGAGUGGUGAAAGGGACUUCGUGAGAGGGAGAGGUCGUCGUCCUGUCACGGAUUAUAGCUCUACUAUGGUUCAUUGGAUGCGUAAUCGUCAGCCAAGGUAUAAAGGUGGUUACCAAGGUGAAAUGGAAAGACCCAGUCCAAGUUACAUGAUAGAUAUGUUACCACCGCUGGCAAGAAUUCAUAAUGCAGCAGAUUCGAUUCCAGGGAGGCAUUUACAUUCGUCACUCAACAAAAUCAAGCACCCUGUGAAUGUGGUAAGAUGGACACCAGAAGGUCGACGAUUACUCACAGCCUCCAGUAGUGGAGAAUUUACUCUAUGGAAUGGCGCAGGUUUCAACUUCGAGACAAUUAUGCAAGCACAUGAUGUUGCUAUUCGCGCUUUGUCUUAUUCUCAUAGCGAUGACUGGUUGAUAUCAGCUGAUCAUGAUGGAGUGAUCAAAUACUGGCAACCGAAUUUCAACAACGUCAAAGUCAUUCAAGGACAUGAUGACCCUAUAAGAGACCUUGCAUUUAGUCCAAACGACUCAAAGUUUGUCACGGCCUCGGAUGACUCUAAGCUAAAGAUUUUUGAUUUUGCUGGCGGUGUUGAGGAGUCUAUUCUCUCUGGACAUGGAUGGGACGCGAAAAGUGUUGACUGGCAUCCGACUAAAGGAUUACUCGUUUCUGGAUCAAAAGAUCAUCUUGUCAAGUUAUGGGAUCCGCGCAGUGGCCGGUGUCUGACGACUCUCCAUGGACAUAAGAAUACAAUCACAAAAACAGUUUUUGAACCAGUACGAGGCCACUGCUUAGCCACUUCAGCUCGAGACCAAACCGCACGAGUAUUCGACUUGCGAAUGAUGCGCGAUGUAUGUCUGCUCAAAGGCCAUGAUAAAGACAUUUCUACCCUGGCAUGGCAUCCAAUUCACCCUUCACUUUUGAGCACUGGCGGUGCUGAUGGGUCUCUUUUCCACUACCUCCUAGAUGAACCAAACAAUCCUGCUGGAACGGAGCCUUCCAUAGCUCCUUACGAUAGUCCAGACCCCACUACUACACCGGCUCAAACCAUCUAUCCAGCUCAUAAAUUAACCUACGCUCAUGAAUUCGCUAUCUGGUCACUUGAUUGGCAUCCUCUCGGUCACAUCUUAGCUUCAGGUUCCAAUGAUCGAAUCACUCGAUUCUGGACACGUGUACGUCCUGGUGACACAGAUACAUUCAAAGACCGCUAUCAUAUUGGUGACUCAGCUGCCGAGGCGCAAGGAACCUAUGAUCGUCGCGGCGGGCGACGCCAACGUCAAGAGGAAGAAGAUCAAGAAGCUGAAGACGAAAUGGAAGGAUUAGUCGAUCAGAAAAUGCCUGCGAAGGUACCCGGUUUCGCCACAGGAAUACCCGGUCUGCCAUUACCUGGUAUGGGAAUUAUCCCCGGUAUGAAUCGUGUUCCCCCACCUCCACCUCCUCCUAUGCUCAGCGGAGGUAAUAUGCCACCUCCACCUUUACCUGGAAAUAUAGAUGUCAAUACCUUGGCAAUUAUGAUGAAGGCUGGUUUGCCUCCUCCAGGGGCACCAGGCAUGCCACCCCCACCACCAAUGCUCCCACCAAAUUUUCAACUCCCACCUGGCUUCGUUGUUCCCCCACCCCCUCCUGGUAUGCCAAUACCUGGUUUAGAUAGUACAGAUCUAUCAAGUGGUAGCGGUGGAAUUAGAAAGCGGGGACCGUUGCCAAGCCAAGAAGAAAGUUUACAAGCGAUGCAAAGACAGGGAAAAUUUAGACAAGCACGAUAGUGGGUAUUUGAUCUCUGGGGAGUGAAACUCGGACUGUAUACCAGAAUAUAGCAUUUUCGGGCGAAAUGAAGCAUGGGGCGUUUGGGCGAAUUGUAAUGUAGUCACAUUGAUAAUUUUUGAAUUGUCCUUAUUCACAUAUAUGCACUCGCGAGAACAAGCGAGAUGUGUUUCUUAUUAAAGUUUGAAUCUGCUUGGUGAUGCAAUUGAAGGGUAUUAAUGUUAUGGUAUAUGAAUAGCAACGCAAAUUCGAAAAAAGAAAACUAUUCUUAGAAAAAGCAAACGCCAUGCUAUGCAAUCCCACCAGAAAUGCUCGCCGAUGCUGUAUAUAUGCUGCAAAUCCCCGCCCAUUACAUGCCAAAUCUAAGAAGUGUGUCUUGGACUCGUCCUCCUUGGUGCACUAUCCUUUGCAAAUGCCUUCUGUCUAUCCGAGUAAUCUUUAAUAACUAACGCACACAUCAUGUCAUCACACAAUCUCUUCCUCCUCUGCGCCGGCAACUUCGUCAUGAAUUCCAACCCACUAGCCCUCUCCACCAUCUCAACAGGUACCUCAAAAUCCGUCAACGGCUUCUCAUUAGGUAUCCUCGCAUUAGGUAACACAAACGCACCAACUGCUACUGGACCUGCUGUAGUACCAUCUUCCGCAAAGAUAACCUUGUAGAAAUGUGUCGGUACAGCAAUAUUUGGUGGAUUUCCAAUAACCUCAUAAGUAACCCUCCAUUUCCCAUCCGCUGGAUCCCGUUUCGGCAAAUACAAAGGUCCAGUAACGAUUCUCACACUUGGGUAUCGAGUCGUAAGUCUGCGACAAAAAUCCUCAAAAUGCGCCCAGUAAUCGCGGUUGAAUCCUUCUCCUACUUGCGGACACAUGUUUGUGAGGAAAAAGGUAUCGUUCAUGGCUUCUUGACUCCAUUUUGCGUCUGCGGCAGGUACUUGGUGUCCGCGAUCGUAACCAGAUCGAACAUAGUCCUUCAAUUUACCGCGAAAUUUUUCGGGGACAGAGGGGUCUUCGACAAAAUAGGAAUGUUUGCGAUCGCCGUUUUGAGUUGCAAGUGAGGCGGGAGUUAUAUGUUCUGCAACCCAAGAAGGAUUUCGAAGUCUUCGAUCGAAUGAAGAUAUUAACGCAUUUCUCGUCGCUAGAUCUGCGACGGGUCCUGGAAAUCCGUAUUGAAAAAGACCUGCGGGGUCGACUGGUGCUAUGACAUCUUUGAUCAUGGAUUGGCCGAUUGGGAGAGGUACUGGCGAAUGCGCAGAAGAAGUAGAGGAUGCUGUGACUGCUGUUGAGCUUGCUGCUGCUUGGGUUUUCUUUUCAGAUCGUGUGGAAUACAUGGCGGCGGUGAUACCGGCGCCUGUGGCUGCAGAAACGCCUGCUAUAAUUGCUAAGGUAGUUUUGGACAUGACAGAGAGAAUCGAGCUUGACGAGAGCUCGUACCGAAUGGAAGAGGGAGAUUAUUUAUGGGAUUUAUUUUGGGGGUGAUCAAUGUGUGAGUCUAUGAUCACGAUGUCGAUAUUUCCGCGUGAGCUUUUUUUUUAGAACGAGGUUUCUUCGUGUUGAUGUCAGUUG